CGCUGCGCUGUUUCAAGUCUCCGCCUGUUCGUGUUCCACAUCAAACAGAGAUGCUUUGCUAGCUUGGGUAGUUUGAUUGCCAAAAUCUGAAAGACGAACGCAAAUUAACUCACCUAAAUCAUCCAUCAUGGCCGAGGUUGAGGAGACACUGAAGAGGAUCCAGAGUCAGAAAGGAGUACAAGGAAUUAUUAUUGCCAAUGCAGAGGGCAUCCCCAUUAAAACCACUCUCGAUAACUCAAGUACAGUGCAGUAUGCUGGCCUCAUCCACCAGCUGAUGAUGAAAGCUCGGAGUACAGUGAGAGAACUUGACCCCCAGAAUGACCUCACCUUCCUCAGGGUCCGCUCGAAGAAGAACGAGAUUAUGAUCGCUCCAGAUAAAGACUAUUUCCUGAUCGUCAUUCAGAACCCCACAGAAUGAAUUGCCAUUGCCAUUAUUUUCAGUGUAGCUUUUUAUUUAAAGGCCAACAAUUUUAUUUCUCUGCAGGAAAAUGAAGUUUGUUUAUGUAGUUACUAGAUAGGUGUAUAACUACUGUUAUACAGUCAGAGUAGUUAUAGUUCUACAACUACUGUCAGACACUAAUGGUCAAUAUGAUCUGCGUCAAUAAUUUGCAAGAGCGUGAUGCUUUUUUAUUUGCCCCAUCAUUCCAGUGUUUCUCAUAGUGUUUAACCAUCUUAAUUUAUUAUUCCUUCAUCUCGGAUGCCAAUGUUCAGACAAUUGCUCACUCAAAAGCAUAAACAGCAUCUCUCUAUAGGAAUUUCUGUACUUGCUCAUGUUUGUCAUAAAUGAAAAUAAAUCAGCCAUGAAUCUCUGUA